CUUGCAACAUAAAAAACUAGGCACGCCAAAGGGUGGAUGCUCAGGGACUCCUGGAUUCUUGGCCAGCUGUCACCUUCCUUUUGCUCUGCUUUUCAUGACCGUUUUAUCAGAGACCCACCGUCAUGAAGUCUUGCUUAACCCUCCCAAUUCACUUUUCUCCUUUUCCCUCCCAAGCAAGUGAUGUUCUUCUAAACAGCUUGCCUCCCCCAGUCCCAAGCCUCCGCGGGAGGAGAGCGAUCCCCGCAGAGGCUUAGGAUGGAAGCUGCGCUUGCCUUUUCUCUAAGCUGAACAGCGCCCCACGCGGCCACCCAUCGCGCAAGCCAGCUGCUAGUUCUCCAAGCAGCCACUAGGGGGAACUCUUGCCCUGCUCAUUCCAAGCAGAAGAGAACCUCAUUCAGCUGCUACUUUCAUUUUCCCUUCGGAGAAGCAGCUCUUCGCUCGCUCCCGUUCACGGCAGGAAAAUUCAAAACGGCGUGGAAGACGACGCGGGACGAAGGAGGAUCUGCAGAAGCAGCUGAGGAGGGGAAGAUGGGCAGGACCAGAGGAGGAAAUCAAGAACUGAGGAUCGCCCUUGUGGGCAAGACUGGAGGCGGCAAAAGCGCCACAGGAAACACCAUUCUUGGCCAGAAGCUCUUUGAUUCGAAACUUCAGGCCAGGACAACCACCUUGGCCUGCCAAAAGGCGUCUUGCAUUUGGAGAGGCUAUGCCGUGUCCGUGAUUGACACAGCGGAUAUUUUGGGCACAGGAGCUUGCGAUGAAAGGCUGGACCAGGAGACCAAGCGUUGCCUCGACCUCUCUCAGCCUGGCCCUCACGCGCUUGUGUUUGUGACCCAAGUGGGCCGCUUCACCGCGGAGGACAAGGAGGCAGCCCAGCGAGUCCGGGACAUGUUUGGGACGGAGGCCAUGAAGCACACCAUCCUCUUGUUCACCCGCAAAGAAGCCUUAGAAGGCAACUCUUUGCAGGAUUACGUGAUGCAGUCAGAGAAUGAGGCUCUCCGGAAGCUGGUCCAAGAAUGUGGGGGGCGCUUCUGUGCUUUUGAUAACAGGGCGGCAAUAGGAGAACGAGAUGACCAGGUCUCCGAGCUGAUGGAGAUGGUCAUGAAGAUGGUCCAGGGGAAUGCAAGGCCAUACCUGGAGACGCCCAUCAUGGAGGCAGCGCUUGGAUAUUACAUGGCAGGAGGCAGGAAAAGGGCCAAGGGAGAGGGGAAAGGGAAAGCUCGCAAGGGUUUCAGCUACAGAACAAUAUUUCUCGUCCUGUGUGUGUUUGGUACAGGGCUUUACUUUCUCUCUCGAUUUCUCCCCAUUAGCAGAGCUGGGGAUUUUUAAAGCUUCUUAUCAGGUGUCAGGACAAAAACAAAUGAAUCACCAAAUAAACAAAGUCUUUUAGAUAUACCUUCUGUUUUAAUACUUUUUAGCUUUCCAAAAAGUUUUACAAAUUCUAAACGAUUGUACCCCACCCUCA